CUUACGUAGUGGUCACGUGAAUCCGUGAAAAGAAACAAACAUGGCGCCGCGAAAGUGGGGAAAACUCUGAUACUCGAGUAAGUUUGGGGUUAACGCUCGUGCCGUCACAUCGGACAGAUGAGAGGUAGAGGAGGACCCUCUUCAUCAUCGGGUAAAUACUGCUGCUGAGAGGGCGCUCUGUUGUCAUUGAGGCUGGUUUUACAACAGCCAUGAAAUUGGCCGAUGCGCCUCAAAUCCAGCGUUUGCCGAAAGUAGACCGGUUUCUCAGGAGCAGACCAGGAUGGCUUUGAGGCUCAAUGACGCGAGCGAUAUUCCCUCUGGAAGCCAACUGGUUGAGAAAAACACGCAGGAGGACGAAGCUCUCGAUGACCGAGACGACGAUGACGAGCUCUCGUCGGCACUUCUGUCGCCGGCAUCAAGAGAAAAGCGGAAAAGAGAGACGGAAAACAAAUCAAAAUCCAAAGAGAUGAGCGAGGAGGAGAUGAUGGACCUGGCGCUGCGUCUGAGUGAACAGGAAGCCAGCGUCAACGCGCUCCGAGUCCAGCAAGAGGAAGAGGCCAUGAUGAAGGCCAUCCAGGAGAGCAUGGGCAGCCAGACGGAACCGUGCCCGGCGUCCCAAAGUCGGCAGCUGCUCGCCGGUUCCGAAGCUUCACUCAGCAUCUUCUCCCGACGGAAACUCCUGUAUGCAAAUGGGAAGACGACGUCCGCCAUCAUUCGGGAAGCAGCGGAGGACGUCUGCACACCAGAGACGGACCUGAACCGAGGAGCAAAAGCAACAGGAGAAGAAAGCAACAACAGGCUGAAAAAGAGGAAGAGGAAGGAAGGAAGUGCUCUGCUGGAGGUGCCCGGCUUGUCGCAGGCUCAGAAAAUCUCCUCUCAGGCUUCGGCCUGCAGGUCCGAGUGUCUCCCGGUGCCUCCGGACUCACCGCAGAGCUCUGACUCGACCCAGAUCGACGACUGUCGGCUCCGUAAAUCCCCCGUCUUCCCCUCCACUGACUGCAAAGCCACGGUUCACGUCCCCCGGCUGUGCCAAGACCUCCUGGAGGCCUGCAGGACCUCUGGGUUUGUGGUCUGCUCUCAGGACAGUUUGACCUCCACUCGAAAGUCUCAGACCACUCCAGCCAAGAGUCCCAUAUUUCCCAAAAGCCCCAAACGCUCCCAUAACCUCCCUUUGUCCAAGAGUCUCGUCUUCAUAGAGGCCGAUCAGGGAGAUGACACAGAGACAGACCGGAGUCCCGAGUAUUUCAAGAGUCCCGUAUUUGGCAGGAAUGCUCAGCACGAGAUGUCUUCAGGUUCCAGCGAACCCCAAGACGGCGACUGUAACCUCGGGUUCAUUUUCUGUUCCGAUGAGAGUCUAACCUCCUCUGUGAGGUCCACGUCCUCUCGGCCUAAGAGUCCAGUAUUUCCAGAAAGCCCCGGCCUUCCGAAGAACCUCCCGACCCCGGAAAAGUCCCCAACCUGCAAAAGCCCCGUGUUCUCCGAGACUGUCGGGGGACGGAGCGGCGGACGUUGUGCGAGCCCGGUGUUCGGCAGGAUUGGAAGACUGCGAAGGUUUCACCGAGACGCCGAGCUCAGGCGUUCAGACAGUGACGGGAAUUUAUCCACCACCGGGUCUCCGUCUCAGGGUCUGAGGCAGGACGGCAAGACUGUUAACAAUAAUGAUGGUCAUAAGUCAUCAAAGUCAGAUGACGCAGACGAGGAGCUCGAUCACGUAUCCAAAGACUCCUCAGCCAAAGCGGAGCUGACCAGCGAUGUGACGCUACUCUUGUCUGACAACGACGACAACGUCACGCCGGUGGGCUCGCCCAGCCCGGUCUUCCCGCAGGAGGCACCCGUUCAUCGGGGAGACGGUGAGGAUGCAUCCCUGAGCCGCGCUGCAGCUUCUCCCGGGACGAACUGCAGGCCGUCUACCUCUUCCACGUCCACCAGCGGACAGCUGCCUUCCACCGCAGAGCGAGGGCCAACCAGCAGUCAGGGAUCGGUCAGCAGGGCGUCCGCCCCGCCUGGGGGGCUUGCAGGCGGGCCCACGGUGCACUACUACUGGGGGGUUCCCUUCUGUCCUCGAGGGGUGGACCCGGACGAAUACACACAGGUGAUCCUGGGUCACAUGGAGUUGUACGAGAAGAGUCUGAAGCAGGCUCAGAGGGGUCUGCUCAGGAAGGCCGAGUGGGGGGAGGCCGUCCUGCCACAGCCGGAGAAGUCCCCUUCACCGGAGUCGCCUGCUGAGUCCCCUCCACAGCUUGUUCUUCGAAGGCGUGGCAUCAGACUGAGAAGCAAAAAUGUGUCCGAGGCAACGGAUACACUUUCGGUCGAGGCAGAGGAGGAUGAAGAAGACCAGAAGGAUGAAGAGGAGGAAAGAAAGGGCAAAGGAGAAGAGAAGAAGGAUGGAGAAGAAGAAGGACAGGCGGAUACUGAUGACUGUGUGGUUUGCCCAGAAACUCAACUGAGCGACGACGACAGGACGCAAGAUCUGCUGAUGGCGCCUGACGCAGGAGCAGAGUUUGCCAGUAAAAAGAGUCCAGAGCCGCCGGAGGUGGAGAUGAUCCUGCAAGUCGAUUCUCCAGCCGGGGCCGAGGAGGAGGAAGAGAUGGAGGUGGAUGUGAACAGAAAGACGGAGGGGAGCGUCCCAGUCGGCAGCCGGGAUGUUGGAAGAGAACACGUGCGAGAAGAGAGGAUCGAGGAAGACGAGGCCGAUCCAGAUGUGGAGGAGAUCAAGGAUCCAGGGCUUCAACGGCUGACGUCUCCCGAACGGCAGCCGGCGGCCCUCCUUCAUCGCCGCGAGAGCAAAGUGGACUGUCCCAUGUGUCAGGGCUCCUACCCGGCGAUGGAGAUCGAGAGGCACGCCGCGUACUGCGACGGAGAGGUGGCCGUGGUGGAGGAGAGGAGACCCGAGAAAGUCUGCUUCCAAGUGUCAUUGAAGCCUCGGAGGAAGAGAACGAGGAGAGCGGAGGCGACCGCUGAGGAGGCGUAUGAACCCCCCAACACGGGCAAGAAUCAAGAGAAAUGUUACAUCUGUCAGAAAUCCGUUCCCCUGAGGGACUACAGCCGACACACAGAGCUCUGCAUCCAGCGGCAGGCGUCAAAGACGGCAGCAACCUUCCAGAAGGGAAAUCUGCUCUCGGCUCUGGAGCAAACGGAGGGCAGAGAUUCGGAGGCCGGGCCGUCUGGAUCCAAACUCCACGCGGGAGACGUCAUCGAUCUGCGGGAUGACGACGAUGAUGAUGAGGAGGAGGAGGAGGAGGCGGGGGGCGGCGUUUCAUCACUCAGGAACAACAGCUCUCCCAUCAGAGCCUUCACUCCCAUCUCCGAGGCCACCGGCUGCCUCGUCGACUUCAAAAAACAGCAGCAAGCCAAGACGCUGCGUCAAAGACGAAGAUGAGGACGGCCUCCUGCAGACCGCUAGUGGUGAUGAUGAUGAUGGUGAUGAUGACGGACAGUCCCGGAAACCAGAGCCUUAACUAAAGACCCCAACAGGUUGGACGUGACACUGCCGUUACAAAAAGAGACUCUUUUUAAACUCAACACCUUUCCAAUGUCACAUAUUUAUGCAGGUAAACAACAACAAAUUGACCACUUGAAUGGUCAAAAUCUGACGAUUUAUUCAAAGGAGCCUUAUUCCAACUCUCUUUGUGCCACGACAUGUUUGUAUGUGUUUAAAGGGGUUUCAGACGACCUCUUUAUGUCUUGAAACAUUUCCUUCAUGUUACUUCAGUCCCGUGUCAAAUCCAAUUCCUACUAACGGCGUGUUACCGGCCUUCACCCUGACAUAUGAGAAGUUAUCGUUUGGAGUCCCGCCAAUCAGAAGCAGCCACUUAGCUCUCAAAUAUCUCCACUCGUAUUGGAUGGAUUGCCAUGAAACUUUGUAAAGAUAUUCAUGUUCUCCACAAGAUGAAUCCUACUCGAUGCUCUGAUGUUUCACCUCGGGCCCCCGGCAGGUCAGCACUCUUAAGUUUAGAAAAGGAAAUGCCGCACCAUGCCAAAUAUUGCCAAUGUCCGCAUGUAAAUGUGUUAAAUCAUCGUCAUGGUAAUGUAAAAUGUUAAAUGCACCGCGCUAACUGUACACGUGUUCACAUGCUGGCUUUUGUUACGCUAAUGUUGAGCUAAUGCCGAUAUUAUAAGCUAAGUGUCGCCUCUGAAAGACAUCUGAUUGGUGGACAAACAACCAGCCAAUCAGAACUGUGUCGGCUGAUGUCAUCUUCCUCCGCCGCAGCCAGAAGAAAAAUGGCAACAAUUGUUGAAUUAUAGCCGAUUACUCGCAUUUAUUUUCAUUAUGGAUUCAUCCGCAGAUUAUCUUUUUUAUUAAUCAAUUAUUUGGUUUGUCUGGAGAGAAAAAAAAUGGUAGGAAAUAUAACGAGUCGUCAUUUCGAGCUCUAAAUGACAUCUUCGAAUCCAACCAAAAGGUCCAAAACCCAAAUAUUUUUGGAUGAAGAAGAGCGAGCAGAGAAUUCAUUCAUCCUCAUUUCAGGAGAUGGAACCUGGGAAAGUGUCCUGAGAGGAUCGAUUUGAUCAGUUGAUGAGUCCACUCAUCAUAUGUGUGUGUAUGAGAGGCAAUUUAGAGAAGUUAUUCCUCCAGUCAACAUCCUGCACACUGACGUCUGCCACCGCAGAGAUGAUGAGCGUUGGUUAUGAAGAUUGCGACAUGGCCUUUUUUUCUGGCGCCGCCCUCAGGACAAACACUUUUUACUUUUAUUUAGAGCUAAUAAUUACAAAGUUGUCCCUCCACUUCACAGUUUUUUUUGUUUCUAGUCUGCUACUGAGCACUUGAGAUCAAACAGAAGAGGAACGACCGAGAGAAAAGGAAAUCAGUUUGUUCCAUGUAUGUUUUUAAAGUACCUAAAAAUACCAGAUUUGAUGCAAUCAGUUUGUCUGUUGACAUUUGUUACCCCAUGAAAUGGGAUUUAAAGCCACUUCCUGUCAGAGCGCAUCUGUUAACCAGAGGGAACUGGACGGAAGUCCAAUUAAGUUGAAGCCUGAAAACACAUAAGUUCUCAGUUUAAAUCAGAAACUUCUCGGUGAUGGAAGCAAACGUCACCGUAACAUUUUUGUUGUUGUUUUUUGGGGGGAAAUCAAUCGAUCAAGCAGCUCAAACUCGUCGUCCUGUGAAAUCAUUUCUCUCUCUGCUCCGAGUAGUUUAUUUAGUCUGCUUCCUCUUCUCCCUGCACCAUCUUUAUCACCCCGAAAUAUGAACUUGAUGGAGAUCCACGUUGCUUGUUGUUCUUUCUUUUCUUUUUUUUUAUACCUUGAAUACUGUAUCAGCACUUUAGAGUGGCAUUAGUAGAAGUCCGCCCACUGUAACCCACGGUAACGCGUGUCGGGUCACUGGAGGAGGAGACACACCGGGGGACGCUCCGGGAUGUUUUUCAGUGGGUGAAACUAUUUGCUUUUUUUUUUCUCCUUUAUGUCCCUUGAGAAGAAAAGAAAAAAACUAAUCACAAAAACAGUUUGUCUCAUCCUUUUGUGUGCAACGGGCGGCCGUCGUUACAUUUCACUUGAGUUCUGUUGCAACCCGGCGGCGGGGCGACUGUUUGGACUGUUUGGUUGCACAAGUCUCUGUCACAAUGUUCGGGUGCACCACCUCGGGGUGGAGGCUCAGGAGGUCUCAUUGUUACGAAGUGGAGUUCAAAUGAAAGAUGAAAAGCUGUUUGAGGGUGAAGUUAAAACACAUAUUGUCUGUCUAGACUUCAGGACCAAAGUACACACACACACACACACACACACACACCAGUAUGUGAUUGUGCAACAUGUAAUUCUGUCAACAUGUUAAGAGCAGUGGUGGAGAAGUUUUGAGAUCCUUAAAUUCAAGUAAAAGUACUAAUAUCACACUGUUGAAGUCCUGCAUUGACAAUGUAACCUCAGUAAAAGUAUGUACAGUAUAAAAUAUGUACUUUUA